AAACAACGGAUAAGCGUAAACCAUGAUGAUGACAUUACACGUCGUUUAAAUUGCGUUUUGCAAUACGUUUGUAAGUCACAUUUCGGGUUAUAGCUGUUUGUUUUGUUACCAUCACCGUGUACUUGCUACUUUAUCUAACGUUACCGGUCAACCCGUCACAGCUCCUAUUUUUACGCUCUUUGGAUACAAAUAUGGCGACCACGUUGAAGGAAACUUUGUAGUGCCGAAAAUGAGUUUCCCUCGUUGCUGCGUGUGUCCUCGGCGGACCUAUUUAUUUUGGCCUAUCCUGCUGCUUCUCCUGGUCGGUGCAGCCCUGACAGCCCUCCUGCCUUCUCCUGAGGACCAAAUAGGCCUGGGUGUCCUCGGAGUGCUACGCCGGGCAACAGCUCAGAAGAAAGAGAAACCUGCACAGCUGCAGCACGGUGUCAGCACAGAGGAGGAGCAGAGAUUCACCAUCAUCAUUCAAACUUACAACCGCACAGACGUGUUGCUCAAGCUCCUCAACCAUUACCAGGCAGUGCCUCAUCUUCAACAGAUCAUCAUAGUCUGGAACAACAUCGGGAAGCAGACACCGUUGGACUUGUGGAGCUCUUUGGGGCCUCAUCCAGUCCCUGUGGUCUUUAAGGAGCAAACCAGCAAUAAGAUGCGCAACAGACUACAGCCUUUCCCCGAGAUCGAUACUGAUGCUGUCCUGAUGCUGGAUGACGACACCCUGGUUAGCGUUCCUGACAUCAGUUUUGCUUUCUCAGUCUGGAAGCAAUUUCAGGACCAGAUUGUUGGGUUUGUCCCAAGAAAACACGUCUCAACACCGGGAGGAGUAUACAGUUAUGGCAGCUUUGAACUGCAGGACCCAGAAACAUAUGGUGGUGACAAAUACUCCAUGGUGUUAAUUGGUGCUGCCUUCUUCCACCACCGCUACCUGCAGCUCUUCCAGGACCAACCUCAAGCGGUACACGCGCUGGUGGACGAAACGCAGAAUUGCGACGACAUUGUCGUGAACUUCGUCGUAGCGCUGCAUCUGAGGAAACACUCAAAAUCCAAAGGCAGCUUCAGCAAACCCUCUGGGGUCUUUGUCAAACCUGUGGACCUCCGCAACCUGGAGAAGGAGGCCAGCAGCGGGUACCAGGGUAUGUGGCAUCGCCCAGAACACCUCCUUCAGAGAUCCUACUGUCUGAACAGGCUGACGCAGAUCUACGGCUCCAUGCCUCUCUGCUUCUCCAACCUGAUGGUGUCCCAGUUUGGCUUCCCAAGCUACGCCAACCACAAGAGCAGAAGCUGAGCUGCCACACAUUGCUGACUGUUUUGGAUUGAAAGAAGACUGACCCAGGUUGCAGUCUGUCUCACCGUGGCAUCAUUACAUUUUCUUACUGGACAACAGCAAGGCUAGUCUUAAGUCCGUCUGUAUGGCUCAGUGUGAGGAAGCGUCCAUAUCUGAGAAGGUAAUCUGUAUAUUGUUACCAAGGGGACAUUAACCUGCAUUGUUUACAACUCUCUCAGUGGAUUGAAGUGCAGUUAUUUUAUACCUAACAGCAAUCCAUCUAAGAUCUGCUCGAAGUAUUUGCCUUGUUUUUACCUAAGAUUUAAAACACUGAGCAUGCAGAGUCCAUCAAUUGAGUUUUUUUUUUUACUACAUUUCUAACUUGUUUGAAGAGUUACAUUUGUUGUGAGUUUGUGAAGUUCCUUUACAUUUAGAAUAAAUGUUGGAAGUUUGUUAUGGUUAAUAUAAGACAUUGCAGUGCCGGAAAGAAUCUUCACCAAUGUGCUGCUGAUAAUAUAUUAUCCUGUACAUUCUAUCGAUUUAUCUAAAAUGCAGUACUAUGCAUGCAUAGACAAUCAAUGCUUUUGCC